UUCCCUAGCACAGAGCAGUAGCUGAGGUCUGUGAAAAAUAGAAAGAAAGAAAAGAAAGGGGCAAAAACAAAAAAAAAUGUGGUGUCAAUCUUGCAGAGCAGAGUACGAAGAGCUCGACGCCGGCACAUGCAAAGAAUGCUACGAGGAGGCGAGCGAGACGGAGGAGGAGCUGAAGCGGGAGAUCGAGGACCUCAAGUCCAAGGUGGCCUUCCUCCGCCUCAACUCCCCCCUCAACAACCACCACCUAUCCUCCUCCACCGCCUCCGACUCCCCGGAAACCCUGUCCUCCUCUUCCUCCUCCGCCGCCCUCGCUUCCGCCCCCGCCGUCCCCGCUCACCGUGCCGUUCUGAUAAGCAGGUCACCAGUUUUCAAAGCAAUGCUGGAUAAUGAGAUGGAAGAGAGCCGCAGCGGCAUGAUUAAGAUAUUCGAUGUCUCUUAUGAUGUUCUUCGAUCCUUUGUACACUAUUUGUACACUGCAGAAGUGCUUCUCGAUGAGCAAAUGGCUUUUGAACUCUUAGUCCUGGCGGAGAAAUACCAAGUGAAGCAUCUUAAAGCCUUCUGUGAGAAGUUCAUGACAUCUAAAGUAAACAAUGAUAAUGCAAUUGCGAGCUAUGCAUUUGCUCAUCGACACAAUGCCAAACAACUGCUUGAUGCCGCACUGUCUCUAAUUAUGGACAACAUGGCCACACUAGCCGAUAAAGAAGAGUAUAAGGAGCUGGUAGAAAAGGAUCCAAGAUUAGUGGUAGAAAUAUAUGAAGCUUAUCUUACGAGGCAGGUUAAUACUGCAUCCAAAGAUUUGAUCCAGCAGCCCUAGAAGUCUUGUUGCAUGUCAAUAAGCAUAUUUGUAGGUUUGUAUUCAUAGUUGUAGAAGGUCUAGAGCGUUCUUGUGUUCAUAGCCGAAAAUGAGUGCACUAUGAUCACACAUUGGUUUUUAAAGGGGUUUCACCUGACGUGGACCAAGUCUCAUCACAGUCUGUUAUUCCGAUCCUUGAUCUUAUUGAUGAGAAGUUUAAAUUUAUUUGCGUUCUGCGAUUUAUGGUGGUGGUUUGUUAAGUGGUCAUCUGUUGCUAAUAUCUGAUAGGUUUUAUUUUUCUGUUCUUUGUUCGUGUGUAACAUUGUAAGUUUUGAAGUAAUUCGUACAUUGAAUUGAAAGAAAGAAAAAAGGAGGACUUCAAUGCGCA